AUGCAAACUGAAGAACCUUUUCAGAUGUGGGGUGUUGAUUUCAUAGGAAAAAUUGCAAAGAAAUCCAGUGGAGGACAUAAAUGGAUUCUAGUAGCUAUUGAUUACUUUACCAAAUGGGUGGAAGCAAUUCCUACAAGGCAGGCUACAAGUAAAGUGGUAACAAAGUUUCUUUUGGAAAAUAUAUUGAUAAGAUUUGGGGUACCCCAUAAAAUUGUUGUAGAUAAUGGGAUGUAUUUCAUAUCCAAAGAAUUUGCUAAUUUUUGUGAAAGUUAUGGAAUCACAUUGUCACAUUUGUCACCUUAUCAUCACCAGGGGAAUGGACAACCAGAGUCCAGUAAUAAAAACUUAUUAAAGAUCAUUAAGAGAAUAUUAGGUAACAACAAAAGCGUAUGUGAUUCAAAGUUGAAUUUGGCAGUGUGGGCAGAUAGAGUAACAAUCAAGAAAUCCACAAGGUUUGCUCCUUAUCAGCUUGUUUAUGGUAAAGAAGCAAGGUUGCCUUUGAACAAUCUGCUCCCAGUGUACAAAUUUGUCUCAGAGGAAUAUUUAGAAGAUAUUGUUUUCAUGGAAGACGGGUUGAUCUAG